AUGGUCAUGUGUUAAUAUGUUAAAAUUUAAAUUGUCAUCUCAUCCUUUUUAAGUAAAGGUAACCAAAAUGAGAAGGCUCGGGCUGUAUGCUUUGCUGAGCAGCUGUCUGUCUGCAGCAAAGCGCUUCUCUACAAUCUAACCCACAGUCAGCCUCCACUCUGCUUCAGCCGCUCCUAUGACACACACACAUACCGAGACUCCGACAGGAACAAAUGAAAAUGUCUUUUUGCAAACACGAGAAGCGGAAGUCUCGGGGCAUCUCUGCCCACAUGAACAUCUACCUGUUUCACAAAUCUUCCUACGCUGACGGUGUCCUCAUGCACCUCAACGUCCUCCGGCAGCAGAGGCUAUUUACUGACGUCCUCCUCCAUGCUGGAGAUCGCUCCUUUCCCUGCCACCGAGCUGUCCUUGCUGCUUGUAGUCGCUACUUUGAGGCCAUGUUCAGUGGAGGCAUGAGAGAAAGCCAAGCCAGGGAGGUGGACUUUAAAGAUAGUGUCCAUCCGGAGGUGCUUGAAUUUCUACUGGACUAUGCUUACUCAUCCCGUGUGAUCAUCAAUGAGGAGAAUGCGGAGUCUUUGUUAGAGGUCGGGGACAUGUUGGAGUUCCAGGACAUUCGCGAUGCCUGUGCAGAGUUUUUAGAGAAAAACCUCCAUUCUUCUAACUGUCUUAGGAUGCUCCUGCUCUCAGAUGCUCAUCAGUGCACCAGGCUUCACACGCUCUCCUGGAAUAUGUGCCUCCGAAAUUUUCCUGCCAUCUGCAAAACGGAGGACUUUUUGCAAUUACCAAAAGACAUAGCAGUGCAGUUGCUUUCUCAUGACGAGCUGGAGACAGAGGAUGAAAGGCUGGUGUAUGAAGCUGUGCUGAACUGGGUUAACUGUGAGCUGGAGAAGAGGCAUUGCUUCCUGCCAGAGCUGCUGGGUGCAGUUCGUCUGGCCCUUCUACCAGCCGCCUUCCUAAUGGAGAACGUCUCCAUGGAGGAGUUAAUCAACACAGAGACCAAAAGUAAAGCACUUGUGGAUGAAGCUAUAUGCUGCAAGUUAAAGAUCCUCCAGAACGACAGUGUGGUCAACAGCCAGCUGGCUAAACCCAGAAAGACGAGUCACGCCUUGUUUCUUCUAGGUGGCCAGACUUUCAUGUGCGACAAACUCUACCUGAUAGACCAGAAGGCGAAGGAGAUCAUCCCCAAAACUGACAUCCCAAGUCCAAGGAAAGAGUUCAGUGCCUGUGCCGUUGGAUGUAAGGUGUACAUAACAGGUGGAAGAGGGUCAGAGAAUGGAGUCUCCAAAGAUGUCUGGGUCUAUGAUACCUCUCAUGAGAAGUGGUCCAAGGCAGCACCUAUGCUCAUCGCCAGAUUUGGCCACGGCUCAUCCGAGCUCAAGCAAUGUCUUUAUGUUGUAGGUGGACACACAGCUGUCAGUGGCUGCCUCCCUGCCUCCCCCACUGUGUCACUGAAACAAGUUGAAAAGUACGAUCCACUCACCAACAAAUGGAGCAUGGUGUCUCCUUUGAGGGAAGGGGUUAGCAACGCAGCAGUGGUUAGUGUCAAACUCAAACUCUUUGCAUUUGGUGGCACCAGUGUCACUCAUGAUAAACUGCCUAAAGUGCAGUGCUACGACCCUCAGGAGAACCAGUGGACAGUGCCAGCCUCAUGUCCACAACCUUGGCGCUACAGUGCUGCUGCUGUUCUCAGUAACCACAUUUUUGUCAUGGGUGGAGACACAGAGUUUUCUGCAUGUACAGCCUAUAAAUUCAGCACUGAUAGCUACCAGUGGACUAAAGUGGGGGAUGUGACAGCCAAGCGCAUGAGCUGCCAGGCUGUAGCCUCUGGGAACAAACUGUAUGUUGUGGGAGGCUACUUUGGCACUCAGAAGUGUAAGACUCUGGACUGCUAUGACCCAACAUUGGAUGCAUGGAGCAGUAUCACCACUGUGCCUUACUCUCUCAUCCCCACAGCCUUCGUCAGCACCUGGAAACAUCUUCCUGCCUGAGGAUUCACAGUCAGGGCUGAAACUGUGGAGACAUGAGGCUUCUUGAAGAAGACACCAAGCUAACCUAUGGACUUCUAUCAGACUAAAAGGCCCACACAGUUUACAAGAAGAAGGAAUAUCUGAGAUUUUGACAUUGAGACUUUGGGUUUUAAGAUACUCAUUUUGUGCUUAGUUUUCUUGCCAUGGUUGGUAUACACAGAUACAUGUUGUUAAUUGUUUGAUACAUCUAUUGAAAAAAACUACAAAAUAGUAGUUUAUUUAAUAAUUGACCACUUUAUGAAAAAUCACUAUUUUAAGAAUUGAUGUUAACUACAACCAUGCUGUCAGGUGGUGUUUGUCAGCCAGGAAUUAUUAAGAGCGAAAACAAAACAAACAUUAAUUCUAAUGUCAGUGUAAUGGAUCAAAUAAUAAUGAUAGUAAUCAUAAUCAUCAUUUUAUUCAUAAAGCACCAUUCAUGCACUGAAUGCAGCUCAAAGUGCAAAUGAAUAUAAAGAUAAUUAUGGAGUUCUGAGGCAGCUGAGGCCUGUCAGUGGAGUGUAAAAUAAUUCACUACAGUAGUCAAGUCCGCUUGAAAUGAAGGUGAGAAUAUUUUUUUCUGCAUUAUUCCAGGUCAAGAAGGGCUGAACUUUGGCAAUCUUUUCUCAAAUGGAAGGAUGUUCUUUUAGUGAUGGUGCUGAUGUCUACAGGACAGACAUCUUUCUGAAUGUCUUUGUGAAGUCAUGAAGUAAAUGUUUGUUAUGUUUUCAUCUUCUCUAUCGCAUUGUAAAUGUGGAUUUUACUUCACGAUAAAGGAACUUUUAACAUCACAGAAGCAGAGCAGGCUAGAUGGUCUGAGCUUGACAGUCUGGUCAAAUAUCCCACUCAGGUUACUCAUUAUGUCAACUACUGAGCAGGAAUAAUGACAUGUCAUGUUGUAUGCUGUAUGUCUGCUGGAAGUCAUUAUUCUUUACAGUGAGUGUUUUUUUCACAAUGUGAAAUUUGAUGCUAUUAAAGAGUUU